UCCUUUUGCCGCGCGAUCAUUUUAUGAGAAAGUGAUGUGAUUCAUUUUACUUUAACGUGAGAUUAAUUAAUUUUUAUUAAAUCAUCUGCCAAUGUUUGGUUACCAUUUAUUAUGGAUUUCUGCAAGAAAUGUUUGAUAAUAGUAGCGGGAAUUUCGACUGUGAUUGCCGAUAUUGAUCAUGAAUUGAAAAGGAUUAUAAAUCUCAACGAUGCCAAAUAUCCUCCACUAAAACCUUGGUUUUUGGAUGAUACACCGUCAUAUUUAUCUCAACCAUCAGAGACAAUUGCACACUACACUUACGCCUAUCCCUAUGAUAAUCUAGAAGACGGUUCCAGUUACGUUCCAACAUACAACCACUAUUCACCAUCAUCAUCAUCAUCAGAUGAUUCCUUUUACUCCAGUACAAAAAGAAUUCCCAAUGAGGAUAAAAAUUACAAAAAAGCCUACACAAUUACGAACAAGGAAUCAUUACCCAAAUCUGAACCCAAUUGUCAGGAAAUAAAAUUUAAUGAAACAAAAGUCGAGGGUAAAUUAAAACCAACAGCAAUGACUUGCUAUAAUUGUAAAGAUCUUGAGAGAGGAUCAACGUAUGAGUACUGUUCCUAUUCUUCUGAUAAGACACCGGAUAGUUCGAAAUCACUGCCACCGAGAUUUAGAAGAUCGGAUAAUUAUGGAGCAACAAGUGUAUCGACAGCUUAUGUUCCUUCAUUGCAAAAGGAGGAUAAAUCAAGAGCACCGUACAAAUUCAGUCAGGAUUACUUUUUGCCUGAUGCAUCGAGAAAAUUUGCGAUUGAGCAUAAAACAAAUGAAUUGUGUCAAAAGAUGUACAAAGAUUCGAUGGUGUGCACUGUUUGCAAGAAUCCAACAACAGGUCUUAAGUCUGAACAAUGUGCUCAUAUUGGUGCUCCGAAUGAUAAAGCUUAUUCCUUCUCAACUUCCCAUUCUGUUGGUAAACCUAGAAAGAGCCAAAAGUUUACUGACAAGAAACCAGCGCCAAUUCACGAAUCCAGCGAGCGAGAGGUCGAAAGUUUGGAGGAGAAUCCCAAUGAGGAUGUUAAGGAUGCCGCUGAAUCUUCGGAUUGUAGACAGGUUCGAAAGGAUUCGGAGAUCUGUACAGUCUGUAAAGACCCAAAAACUGGUGGUAAUUCCCAAAGGUGCACCUACAAUUACGAACCGGACGAGAAGGUCUACAAAUUCACCAGAUCCAAGUCAUUUGGCUAUCCGGAAUCAUCGAAACAAGAGAAGAAGGAAAAAAACCACGACAAGAAGGAAAGACAACAUGACAAGGAAGUAUCCGAAUCCGAUCCCGAAGAAUUCACCACCAAUUUUGAAGAUGAGCCCGAAGAAGAAGAAGACUACAGUGCAUACGAUAAUCCCGAAGCUUAUUCUGGUUACGAGAGUCUUGAAUCAUCAUCAUCACAAGAGGCCGAAGAGAAUAGUAAAGAAAAUAAUCAAAAUUACGAUUACAAUCCAGAACACGUCGAAUACAUUCGAUCAGAAUCGGAGAAAAUUUUAAAUAACGCCGAAUCGGAGAACUGUCACAAAGUAAAGAAAGAUUCAAUGAUCUGCUCAGUAUGUAAGGAUCCAAAAACAGGCGAAGAUUCCGAAUCCUGUUCCUAUUCUUAUGAACCAGACGACAAGAAGUUUGCCUACACAAAAUCAAAAUCUUUUGGAAGUCCCACUAAAGACGAACCUGAAGAAUACAGCGGCGAGGGUAGUAGUUACACUUCCGAUGAGUCAUCCCCCGAAGGAAGUUACGCAUACGCUUCAGAGCUAAAACCCACCGUUUCCUAUCCUAGAAAAAUUCCACUAACCGCCGAAACGAAAACACAACGAACGGUUUAUCUUGGAGAGACUGAAAAGCCCGAACUAGCAAAAGUGGAUCUUGGACUACUAGGAGCAUCGCAGAAGCAGGCGAAAAUGGAACAAUUGCUGAAGGACGAUCGAACCGCGAACAAAACGAGAUGCAAGAAAACAAUGAAAAACGAAAUGACCUGCUAUCAGUGCGUAAUGGAGAAUGGACUUCGUCAGGAGGAGUGUAUGUACAUAAAAAAUCCGGAUGUUGAUACUCCUGCAAAAGCGAAAGAAGUUCAACCUGCCGCAGCGUCUGAUGAUCUAAAAGCAAAGCAGAAGAGAAAAAGAAGAAUAAUUAAAUCAGAGAGUAGUUCCACUACUUUGGAACCAGUGGCAGAAACAACUAGACGUUCCUAUCGAUUAAAAAGACAAUCGAGAAGAAAAUUGAAUGACAAUGGAGAUGAGACGAAUUAUGAUUCCAGUGAAAGUUUCAAGGGAAAAGACGAUCGUCCCUAUGAAACAGAUCCUUAUGAAUAUGUCGCCGAAACUAAAUACAAAUAUCACAAUACCCUUGGACUAAAAUUACCAUCCCAUACAUUAGAAGUUUCUGAUUAUGAAAAGGAAUUUGAUGACAUUUUCUACGGGAAUCGAAAUAAUUAAACGAAAUUAACUUCCUCCGAUAUUCUUUGAAAAAAAUCAUCGAGUUUCCUAUCUGGUAUUACUUUAUUCCUAAGUUGGUAAACUAAAUAUCUACUUACCGACCGCUUGAUCGGUAAAGUAGUUUUACCCGCCAAAUUCAAAAAUAUUUAUUAUAAACAUACAAAUUACUGUCAAAUUUUAUGCCAACCCUGCGCCUAGAAUUUUAUUUCUUGCAACAUUUUUACUAAUUACGAGAAAUUUUUCUUAAAUAACGACAAAAUUUUACAAAAAAAGCGCGUAAUAUCUGCUCUGUAUUACCGACCCAAGGCUAAUAAAAGUAAAAGACAGGAAACUCACUUGCAAAAAAAAAGUUGCAUCGAAAUUUUGUUAGAGAGCGAAAUGUUUCGUUAAUUAUUUUGACAAAAUUCUCAUUCCUCAACUAUUCUAAUAUUAUACAUUGAAAAAAUAUAUAAAAUAUUGAAUAUUGAGAAAAAAGG